AAAUGAAGUCUGGCACCCGGCGAGGCGGAAGAGGAGACGGGGAAAAGGCCAGGCCAGGGAAGAUGGCGGCGCCCUUGGCGGAGGAGCUGGAGCGGCUCCUGAACCCGCUUCCCGGCGCCUCGCAGGACCCCGAAGACGACCCUCAGGAUGCCACCGCAGCCCGAGUUGUUGACAGAUUUGAUGAAGCCACACUUGAAGAGGAUGACUUUCCUGUGGGCCGCAUACGAAAAGGGAUCUCUGCAGACCUCUUGGAUGCUGAUAAGCGAUACUAUGGGAAGGCCACCUCCCGAAAGGCCUUGGAGGAAGAGCUGUGGGGAGAAGCUCCGCUCUUGGAUGAAAACAUUUCAGACGAUGAGGAAAUGACAGAUGAAGAUGACCUUGACAGUGAAGCUCUUGAAGAGGACUUAGAUGAGGAUGCUGCAGAAAUGGAGGAGGAAGAGGAGGGUGAAGUGACAAUUACUGACCAGGAGGAAAAGAAAGACUCCUCCGAGGACCAGAAGAAACCGUCUUUCAGUUUCCAGGCUAUUGAUGAUUUUGAGAAAUUUGCAGCGGGGAUGGAUGAAACAGAGAGUGAGGAUGAUGAAGAUGCCAGCGCAGAAGAGGGCGAUGAAGGCGGAAGGAGCUCGGAGGAGAAUUUCGAUGAGAGCAAGGAGGAAACAGUGGGUGGGGAUGAAAGCGAAGAGGACAGGGCGCUGUUGACAUUCUCUGAAGACAAAGUGGUUGAAGAAGUCGCAAAAGGAAAAGCCGUGAAAAAUCAGAUAGCUCUGUGGGAUCAGCUUCUGGAAGGACGGAUUAAACUGCAGAAAGUCCUCUUGACAGCCAACCAGCUACCACAACCAGAUACUUUUCCUGAGUUUAAGACCAGAGGAGGGCCGGAGUUUUCCAAUGCACUCAAGAACAAUUACAAAGCCUUAAAGGCUUUGUUGAGAAGUCUGGUAGAUCUCCAGGAUGAGCUGUUGCAUCAGUAUUCGGGGACAAGACAUCUGGUAAAUGGACAGCAGGCGAAAAAAGAGAGUGAUGAAGAGAUCCCAAGCAGUCCUGACGAAGACGCCGAAGACGAGGAGGAAGGAGAGAUGAAAAAGAGGGUGAUGCAAAGGCUGCCGAAACGGAAGCUCGAAAUGGAAGCAUAUCCAGAGUUUGCGGCCAAGCGGUUUGCUGAUUUCCAGGCUUACCGGAACAGCACAUUACAGAAGUGGCAUGAUAAGACCAAGUUGGCUUCUGGCAAACUGGGCAAGGGUUUCAGUGCCUUUGAGCGUUCAGUCUUGACUCAGAUUGAUCAUAUUCUGAUGGACAAAGAAAGAUUGCUCCGGCGGACACAUACCAAGCGGUCGGCGUACAGGGUUUUGGGGAAGCCACAGCAAGCACCCGAGACUCUUCCGGAAACUUUGCCGGGACAAAAGGAAGCUGUUCCAUUGACUGCGUCAAAUGCACACCUCAAGGACCUGGAUGAAGAGAUCUUUGAUGAUGAUGACUUUUACCAUCAGCUCCUCCGGGAACUUAUUGAACGUAAAACCAGCUCCUUGGACCCAAAUGAUCAAGUGGCGAUGGGCAGGCAGUGGUUGGCCAUCCAGAAACUGCGGAGCAAAAUCCGGAAGAAGGUGGAUACCAAGGCCAGCAAAGGAAGGAAAAUCCGGUAUCACGUCCACAGCAAACUCGUGAGCUUCAUGGCUCCCAUUGACCACUGCACAAUGAAUGAUGAUGCCAGGACGGAGCUUUACCGGUCUCUCUUUGGACAACGGACCCACCUUGAAGCAGGAGACAAGUCAUGAUGAUGGUCCUUGGCAUCUGGAGCGACAAGAGACGGCGCAUUUGCUGCAUUCGUAAGCCCCCUUUGUGGCUUCCCUUUGCAUAAACACACAGUCAGUGGAGCCGCCACGGCCACUUCCCAGACACUUGGUGCUUCAGAGUAUCACCAUUGGCCCACCUCAUUCGAUCCAUCUCAACGCCUUUGAAAUCUUGCACCCUCAGCACCACUUUUGUCCUUGCGUUAGCACAGUGUCGGUUGCUUGUAUUUUGGAGUCUCCCUUGGCCAUGUCUCAAACGAAUUUAAACGAAAAGAAACCCAAAACGACCCAGGCCUUACCUCCCUUCUCUAGUUGCACAUCUUGAGUUUCUCCCCAAAUCUCUGUGGAAUGAAAUCGGAAUAAUCUGGAUGAAGCUCUUGUCAUAUUUUAAUGGACAUUGGUUUUGAGCCUGUAACCAUCUAACAUGGGUUUCCGCUCCAUGUUAAGGUGUUGUCACAUCAGAAAUGGUUGCUUUAUAGUCUUCUAAAAGUUCUAUAUUUCACCUAGAAUCACCUUCCCACAAACAUGAUAAACACCUUUACUUAACUUUUUAGGCCUUUUUUGGUCCUCCAUGUGGCUCUGUAUUCAAAAGUUGACCAUCAAGUCAUGCUAGAGAUAUCAGAGAUUCCUAAAGAAUGUAGACCUGCAAAAAGUAAACCUGUCAAUAUAGAGUGCUGUCUGUAGACCUGGGCCAUCUUCUGAGCAGUGGCUUCUAGGAGAGCUAAAGUGAGAAUUUUCCUCUCUCGUGCUACAGACAUGCGUACAUGGGUUCUUAUGGGUUCCCUUCAACUGUAGAUCUUAAUAUAUUCCAUUCUUUUUGCUGAUGGGGAUUCCUGGGAGCCACCUCCUUCUGCGCAGAGGUGAGGCCUGAUGUAAAUCUAGCCGAGGGAAAGAUGAUUCACUUGUUUCCGUCCAGAAGGUCAAAAAGCUGGGAAUUAAAUCCCCAUAAAGUGGAUUUAUUUGCCUGCUGGAGAUUAUUUUGCAUACCUAAUGGGUGCACAUGUAUGGAAUACAACAACAUCCACAUUUAUUGCCUUACAAUAAACUGAAUAAAAUGAAUUUUUUACACUUC